AAUCGACAUUUCGGGCAAAAGCCCUUCAUCAGGACUAAAGGCUGGGUCGGAUCAGGAGUUCCGGGGUUGGAACGGAGAAGCUGUCAUGUGACAGGAAAAUGUUGCAAAUUCAGAAGCGAUAGAAAUUAACAGAGAGGUGCAGAGAAAGAGAGAGACUGUGAAAUAGAGAAAUUAACAGAGUAAUACAGGGGGAGAGACUGGAAACAGGGAAAUUAACAGCGUAAUACAGGGGGAGAGACUGGAAACAGGGAAAUUAACAGCGUAAUACAGGGGGAGAGACUGGAAACAGGGAAAUUAACAGAUUCACUGAAAAGUUUUGGAGCCAGGUGAAAGGCAGGAGCUCCCGGCCGGAUCUGCUCCUGUCCUCCGCUGGAAGAUGCUUCGGCUCCAGGUUCUGUCCGGCCACUUGGCCCCGGGUUCCAGGCAGCAGUUGGCCCAGCCUCAGAGAGUUGAGGCCGGCGGAGCAGAGCAGGACGUGGUGCUGGUUCACGGAGUGAGGACUGCGAUCGGCAAAGCCAAGAGGGGGAGCUUCAAGGACACCACACCAGAUGAGCUGCUGUCUGCUGUCAUGCUGGCUGUGCUAAGAGACGUCAACCUUGACCCAAGUCUCCUUGGGGACAUUUGCGUUGGAAAUGUCCUUCAGCCGGGUGCUGGGGCACUGAUGGCGAGGGUGGCUCAGUUCUUGAGUGGCAUUCCUGAGUCUGUCCCUGUGUACUGUGUCAACAGACAGUGUUCUUCAGGGCUGCAGGCUUUCAUUAACAUUGCAGGUGGUAUCAGGAACGGUUCCUAUGACAUUGGCCUGGCAUGUGGAGUGGAAAGCAUGAGCCGACGGCCAGUGGGUGACCCUGACUACCUCCGGGAUGUUAGCAACCGGAUGAUGGACAACGAGAAGGCCCGGGCCUGCCUCAUUCCCAUGGGGAUAACUUCGGAGAACGUGGCCGAGAGGUUUGGAAUUUCCAGGGAAAAGCAGGACUCCUUCGCCGCUGCUUCCCAGCAGAAAGCGGCACAGGCUCAGAGAAUGGGCCUAUUUGAUGCCGAGAUCACACCGGUAAAAACUACCAUCCUCGAUCCAGCCGGCAACUGUAAAACCAUCACCGUCACCCAGGAUGAUGGGAUCCGAGCCAGCACGACGCUGGCCGGUCUCGGUAAACUGCGGCCAGCAUUCAAGGAGAAUGGCAGCACCACAGCAGGGAACUCGAGCCAAGUUAGUGACGGUGCGGCGGCAGUUCUGGUGGCGAGGCGUUCCAAGGCCAUUGAGCUGGGCCUUCCCAUCCUGGGCGUGCUGAGGUCGUACGCGGUUGUUGGUGUGCCGCCUGACAUCAUGGGGAUAGGACCUGCCUACGCCAUCCCAGCGGCGCUGGUGAAAGCAGGACUUACAAUUGAUGACAUUGAUGUGUUUGAAAUUAAUGAGGCGUUCGCUAGCCAGGCUUUGUACUGUGUUGAGAAGCUGGGUAUCCCCAUUGAGAAGGUCAACCCUAAUGGGGGUGCCAUAGCACUGGGACAUCCAUUGGGCUGCACUGGAACUCGACAGAUUGUUACCCUGCUAAAUGAGCUGAAACGGAGAGGGAGGAGGGCCUAUGGUGUUGUAUCCAUGUGUAUUGGGACAGGAAUGGGAGCUGCUGCUGUGUUUGAAUAUCCAGCAAACUGAAGAUUAUGGGUGGAUAAACUGCAUGGGCACAUCACACAAGAGCCCAGUAUUUACUAAUUGAUAAUCCCAGUCUGUGCUCUUCCUUCAUGAUUCAACGAUAUCUAAUAACUUUCACAGAGACUGAUAACUUUUAAUGAGAAAUUCAAACUUCUAAUUAUUUAGUUGAAAGAGUGACAUGUCAAAUAAAAUCAAUCAAAUGCCUAAAAAUCAUAUUCACUAAACACUAAAAUAAAACUAAAAUACUGUGGAUGCUGGAAAUCCGAAACCAAUGCCGAGAAAGCUGGAGAAACUCAGCAUCGCUGGCAGCACCUGAGGAGAGAGAAAUAGAGUUAACGUUUUGAGUCUUCCUCAAGAAGGAAGUUAUGAAGAAGUUAAACUAGACUUGAAAAGUUAACCCUGUUUCUCUCUCCACAGAUGCUGCCAGACUUGCUGAGUUUCUCUACCACAUUCUGUGUUUGACUAAAUUUUCUUUUUGUGGUGACAACCUUUAGAGACAUAGAACUUAGAAUAAGGCCCUUUUGAACCUCCUCUGCUGUUCAAUAAGGUUGUGGUUGUGGUCUCAAUCCCACUUUCCUAUCUACCCAACCCCCAAUUCCAAGACUCCCUUAUCUAUGGAGACAUUGCACUUAUGGUUUAAACUAUAGAGAUAAAAAGUUACUGAUCACUUUUCCCAGAAUUACAGUUCUGAUGAUUGUUCCUAGUGGAUUGCUUCCUUUCUAUGUCCCAACCUGAUAACUACAGAGGAACCUCUAUUAUCCAAACAACACAGGCAGGUCGUAUUUUGUUCGAAUAAUUAAAUGUUCAGAUAAUGGAAUGUUCCGAUAACACAGUUUAGCUAAGCAUUGGGACAUUGCAAUCUUGUUUGGAUAAUCCGAAAUUUGGAUAAUCGUGGUUCCUCUGUACUUGUACCAGAGCUGCCCCUUACUUAGGAGGGUUACACUGUAAGGCUGUUCCUCUAGCUUUGAGCAAAUGUUUCAGCCUUCUAUAACUGAGUGUGAUCUCCCAACUGCAUUCUGUGUGGUGAAUGAUAGAAUCAGCCUUUUGUUUUUUUUUAACAUGCAGGUCUGAUAGAAUUUGCUCAUGAUCUCUCAGUUAGCUGCAGAUCAUACAAGACAAACUUGCGAUUGCUGUCUGUCUGAGAUAUUUGUGCAUUUAUAGGGAAGCCUGUAACCUGAUCUCAAAAUGGUUUCCUCUACCCUUUGCUCCAUGGCAACAGGAAGCAGAUUAUGUUUGCAUCUCAGUAGGUUUGCUAAUUAGUUAUCCCUGAUCCCAACUCUCCUUUCAUAUUAGAAGUAAAGAGAGAAUUUACAGUACUUAGUUUACAAUGUAAUAGGUGUAACACCUUUCUGGGACUUUGGGACACAGGGUCUAUUCAUGGCAUGUUCAGUACCUGCUGAUGUCUCCCAGUGUACUCUCAACAAAAUAAUCAAAGUUUCUUUCGAUCCAUAAUAACUCUCAGGCAGCUACUAGCUCUGACUUUUCAACAACGAGAGAACCUUGAAUUAGUGGACAUUGCAUCUCAGUUUUAAAUGAAACUGUAACUAAGGAAUAUAUUUUUCAAGUCCUAGUUUUUAAUAAGUAGGUAGACAUAUUUUUGAAAUAUCAGGAGUUGACAGUUAUGCUGAGCUGGCAGGAAAGAGGUGUUGAGAUCUGGGGUAAGUCAGCCAUGAUCUUGCUGAAUGUUGGGGCAGGCUGGAGGGGCUGAAUGGACUGCUGCUGUUCCUAAAUCUAACAUUUCAAGACCCUUUUUGUCUAAGCUAUAUUUAAAAUUAAUUCAUAAAAUAUGGUGGAAGAUACAAUGCCAAGCCAUAAUAAAGUUAUAAUUGUAACCGUCUUCCUCAGUCCCUUGUGCGUUGUUCUGCUCCUGAUCAAGUUGCAGUGCCCAGGUCUGUUGCUAAUACUCUGGAAUCAAUGGGCUGAACCCCUCUUCAAGGUGGGAUAAUGUUUUAGCAAAGGGUAGAGGAAACCAUUUUGAGAUCAGGUUACAGGCUUCCCUAUAAAUGCACAAAUAUCUCAGGAGACAGCAAUCGCAAGUUUGUCUUGUACGAUCUGCAGCUAACUGAGAGAUCAUGAGCAAAGCAAGAAAUUAAAAUUUUGUGGAGUUUCGGGUCACCAGGAGUCCAUUGCAUUUGGAAAUCUGUGAUGUGAUGUAAUUAAAAACCCAGUUGCUAGGUUUAACUCCCUGCUUAAAAAGGGGUAGUACCAGGAUGAUUAGAUGCUACAUUUUAGAUUCAGUCACCUUGCUUGACCUGCCACUACGUGGCCAGGCUCACUGACUGCAUGGGCACUUGUGUAAAUGUGAAAUCCUUUAAAUUCUGAAGCCUAGACUCAUUGCAUGAUUUCGAAACUGUGCAACUCUCCUCCCUCAGAUUUCCCUUUUUUAACAGUGUGCACAUGUUGGAAACCAACAUUUACAGCCUCCCUAUUCAGCCAAUCCCUGUCAUCUCUCUUGCUCUCUUCCACCUUGUAACAGAACCAUGAUGAUGGGAAUCUGGGGAGCUCACUGAUGUUGUCAGCCUGGCUUAUGUGCUGGGGAUACUUUGCAUCCUUCUCUUCUUGCUGACUAAAACAGCACGUAGGACUGCGGUGCAGCCAGAUGUAGAGACUCUAAACACAGACAACCAGGGACCGCAGCUUGUUUCAUUCAAUAAAACACAGACUCAUUCUUCCUGGCUGAUUGGCAGGGUGCGUUAUCGCUGUCACUAUCCUCAGCAACAGGUCACAGUUAUUUUUAAUCAACCUGUUCCGAGAUGUUAAGACACCUUUGGAGCAGAUGGCACUUGAGAGCCUGGGCCUCCUGGCUAAGAGGUUAGGACUAUACCACUGCACCACAUGAUCUCACAUCAGGUUAUACUGGAAAACUGAAUGGUUAAUUAAGCGUGAUUCAGACUGGGAUAUGUUUGAUCGUGUAAUAAGAAGGAACAACAUUCAUUCCAAGUGUUUGUUUUUUGCUGAGGUUGGUAAGUAAAGAGUGUUAGAUGCAUUUUGUUUCACGACUAAAAUCAUCAUCUUUCUUACGGUUAAGCUGACUUGUUUUCCAACUUCUUUCUAAUAAAGGUGUUAUUCUUAAAAUACA